AUGGCGGAACGGGUACCUUCGGGUCAAGCUCAAAUAGUUCAGGCGCCAAAAAAUGUGGCUGUAAUGGAGGGUGAGGAUGCACUCUUCUUUUGCGGUGUUGAAGGCAACCCCGAACCCACCAUCGACUUCCUCCUUGAUGGUCAGUCUGGACGGUUGUCCAGUGAGACGGGCAAAAUAAUCCCUCUUCCUGGGGGUGGAGGCAGUCUUUUGCGAUUGUUUAAAGUCUCCGCCAAGCAGAAUGGCAUCAAAGUGGAGUGCAUUGCUAGCAACCCCGUUGGCAGUGAUAAGUCCUCAGCCCAAUUAAAAGUUUACAAGUAUUCUGACAGUGUUCCUGCAGGUUUUCCGCGAUUUGUUCGCUCCCCAAAGUCACAGGCUAUUGAUGUGGGCAAAAGUGCUCAUUUAGACUGUGAGGCCGAGGGCACACCAGAACUUAAAUUUCUCUGGCUCAAGAAUGAAAUUCCCGUCCAGAUACAACAAAAAACACCGUCUUUCGACUACUCAACCAAGUACGACUACGAUGCUUCAUUGGAUGCACCAAAUAUAGACACAUUCUACCCACCGACAAUCAUUGAGCAGCAAGAGCGGGUGGAGGUGCGAUCAGGAAAGGGCGCGAAUUUGUCAUGCACAGCGACUGGCAAUCCCAAGCCCCAGGUGCGAUGGCUUACAGAUCAGGAGAAACCACUCACCGAGGCCGUGGAAUGGAAGGCCAUUCUCUUCCUCACCGACGUCACUGAACCGCGAGUCUACAUAUGUGUAGCCAACAACAGCCUCGGACGCAUACAGCACCUCGUCAGAGUUGAAAUAAUUGAUGUGCCGCGUGCACCAGCCGAUCUUCAGUGUUUGGAGCGCGGUCCAACCUAUGCAAGUUUGCGCUGGUUUCCCGGUCGGUCGGGCGAUGAGACACAGCCUGACGCCUCACGUAGCCUCCCUGUGCCCAUCACUUCGUACACUCUCAUUGUCACCGACCUCGAUGCAGACAACGGACGGCAGGCGUUAAAACGGAAGUUGACAGACAUCGCACCGUGGAAAGUGCAACUUGAUGGUUCAAUUCAUCUUAAGGUCACUGAUCUCAAGCCAGAUCAUCGGUACACUGCAGAGGUCUACGCGCUGAGCACUAAAUUUGGCAUCUCAGAUGCAAGCAAUCAAAUCACAUUCAAAACUUUGGAGAUGCUUUAUGGCAUUGACGGCUAUAAAGUGUACUAUUCUACACAUCUUCGAAAUAAAUUGGAGCAAUGGCAAACACUUCAAACGGUCAAAUUGCAUGCCGUGCUACAGGGACUGAUGAAGAUGGCAACGUACUAUCUUAAAGUGAAUGCCUACAAUUCGGCUGGAGAUGGUCCACUGAGUGAUGCCUUUCCAGUCAUUGUCAAUCCUGGAGGUGCGUCUUUUUACCUGUACAAGGGCGUUUAUUUGAUAUUUAUUUCUUAA